UGGCAGCUCAGGGUGAUGUUUGCGGACAAGGCAAAGGUUUUCCGGGUCGAGGUUCUCAACAACGGGCGCAAACACCUGGUGGAUCGAAGAUACCGAGACUUCCAGGCUCUACAUAAAAAGUUAAAAAAGACGACCAAAACACCAGACUUUCCCACAAAGAGAGGUCUCAAUCGAAGACCCAAAGCCCUGGAACAGAAGAGGUCAGGAUUGGAGGCAUAUUUACAGGGUCUUGUGUGUGAAUGCGACAAUUGGACCUUGUCCCAGGAAAUCCUCGACUUCCUCAACAUCAAACACAUUCCGGUCGGAAAGCCGACUAAUACAGUGAGUGCCCUGGAUCAACUUGACCUGCAGAACUACAGGUUCUUUUGUCACCAGGUGGUCAGCUUCACAAAGGAUGCCUUUUCUCAACCGAGCCCAGCAGGUCUUCUCCCGAAUGUGAUUGUGAUGGGUGUUCUUCAAGGGUUGUACCUCACUGAUCCUGACUCUGAAAUCCUCAAUGGAGUGGGCUCUCCAGGAAUGAUGAAACUGCAUAUUGCUGGACCUGAAAGUAUUGUCUGAUGGUUUUCUACAAUUGUUGUGAAAUUAAUUGUGUGUGAGAAACUUUCCCUUUUGGAGAAUGCUAUUAAAUUCAUCACUUUCUUUCUGUAACAUUGAGGGUUAAUUGUCCCACAAUUUCUGGAGUUUGGUGACUGGUUAAUAAUGCGAUGGGUUGUGCACCUCGUAUCAAUUUUGAAAUGAGCUGAUUUUCAUCUGACUUCCUGCAGGGGGCACAUGAACUUGGUUGACCAAUCCACUCGGGUAUCCUCCACGUAUGAAAAUAUGGUUUCUGCUUCGAGACACGUUUGUAACCUUGUAUUGUCCUAGACUUGUGAAUGUUUGCUGGGAACAGUUUAUUUUCAAGUUAAAAGCACCCUUGAAACAGUGCAGGGGGAAGCUCUUUAUCAAAUAGAAGUUUGUAAAAGUGAGUCUUGCUUGACUCACUUAUU